UGUUGCCCAAAACUUGAGCUCUUCUUUCUUCGUUCCAUCGCCACUCGCCACCUAUAUAGAACCAUCCUCCUCCUUCAACAAUCAUUUGACACCAUUUUUCUCUCAUCAAAUCCUUUAUCUCAAAGCACUAAUAUCUCUCUUUUUUCCUUAUGUGAGUUCUAAUUUUUUUUUCUUCUCUCAAAUACUUUUAUGAUUUUUAAAGUUGUAUAAUAUACAUAGCGAUACACAAGUUUUACACAAUUUUGCAUCAAUUGAUUUUGUUUUCAAUCAAAAUCUUCAAUCCUUGUAAUGAACACAAUCACUCUUUUGGGAAAUUCUACAAUGAAGCUCUCCGGCAGACUUCUAAGAACUCGUGGGAAUGGUUCAAUUUUGUCGUUACCAACCCUUAAAAACCAUCACCACACUUUAACCAAAAAUUCUUUAACUUUUGGUCAAAACAACCAAAUCCAAACCUACCCUUUUAAAAUUUCGAGCUUUCCACGCAUAUUCUACAAUACCCAGAAGUGUUUUUGCGCUUUGAGCCCUAGUUUUGGCCAAACCAGGGUUGUUUCAAGACCUUAUAGUGGUGUUUCGACUAAAAGUAGAGGUUUUUACGUUGCAGUUUGUAGGUUAUCAUCUAAAGUUCAAAACUUGUCAACUUCUGUUGAGACUCGUGUGAAUGAUACAAAUUUUGAAAGAAUUUAUGUUCAAAAUGGUAUAAAUGUUAAGCCUUUGGUUGUUGAGAGAAUUGAUAAAGAUGAAAACAUUGUGGGGGGGCAAGAAUCAAUAGCUGAAGUUGGUAGUGUUGAAGAAGUCGAUGGAGACAAAAAUUUGGAGGGUGUUAAAAAAUCAAGGAUUGAGACUUGUCCUAGGAGAGAAGAGACUGAUAUUGAAAAGGAGGCAUGGAGAUUGUUGCAAGAAUCUGUGGUAACGUAUUGUGGGAGUCCUGUAGGGACUAUGGCUGCUAAUGAUCUUAAUGAUAAACAACCGUUGAAUUAUGAUCAAGUGUUUAUUCGUGAUUUCGUGCCUUCUGCUUUGGCUUUCCUGCUGAGAGGAGAAUCGGAAAUACUGAAGAAUUUCCUCCUUCAUACCUUGCAGUUACAGAGUUGGGAGAAAACGGUGGACUGCUACAGCCCAGGACAGGGAUUGAUGCCAGCUAGUUUUAAAGUCAGAAGUGUACCUCUCGAUGGCAAUAAGUUUGAAGAAGUCCUAGAUCCAGAUUUUGGUGAAUCAGCAAUUGGUCGUGUUGCACCUGUAGAUUCUGGAUUGUGGUGGAUUAUUUUAUUGAGGGCAUAUGGAAAGAUCACUGGUGACUAUGCAUUACAAGAAAGGGUGGAUGUUCAGACGGGCAUAAAAUUGAUUAUGAAUUUGUGCUUAGCUGAUGGUUUCGAUAUGUUUCCUUCUUUGUUAGUCACUGAUGGGUCCUGCAUGAUAGACCGUCGGAUGGGUAUCCAUGGUCACCCCCUUGAGAUCCAAGCCUUGUUUUAUACAGCCCUACGGUGUUCUCGUGAGAUGCUCUCAGUAAGUGAAGGAUCCAAAAAUUUAGUUAGAGCCAUCAACAAUAGGCUGAGUGCAUUAUCGUUUCACAUAAGAGAAUAUUAUUGGGUGGAUAUGAAGAAGAUCAAUGAAAUAUACCGGUACAAAACAGAAGAGUACUCCAUGGAUGCCACCAACAAAUUCAAUAUUUAUCCUGAUCAAAUUCCUGCAUGGCUAAUGGAUUGGAUACCAGAGGAAGGUGGAUAUUUGAUUGGCAAUCUACAGCCUGCUCACAUGGAUUUUAGGUUCUUCACGCUUGGUAACCUUUGGUCCAUCAUUUCAUCUUUGGGUACUCCAAAGCAAAACGAAGCUAUUUUAAAUCUUUUUGAAGCCAAAUGGGAUGAUCUUGUGGGGCAUAUGCCUUUGAAGAUAUGUUACCCUGCUGUGGAGCAUGAAGAGUGGCGUAUUAUCACUGGCAGUGAUCCAAAGAACACCCCCUGGUCAUAUCAUAAUGGUGGAUCUUGGCCAACACUUUUGUGGCAGUUCACAUUGGCAUGCAUCAAGAUGGGAAAAUUUGAAUUAGCCCAGAAGGCAGUUGACAUGGCUGAAAAGAGGCUUGCAGUUGACCGUUGGCCUGAAUAUUAUGACACCCGAACAGGGAAGUUUAUUGGAAAACAAGCACGACUUUUCCAGACAUGGACUAUUGCGGGGUUCUUGACAUCUAAAAUGCUCCUGGAGAAUCCAGAAAUGGCUUCCUUGUUAUUCUGGGAUGAGGAUUACGAACUUCUCGAGAUCUGUGUCUGUGCUCUUAGCAAGACUGGGCGGAAGAAAUGCUCUCGUGGUGCAGCUAAGUCUCAGAUUCUCGUCUAACUGAGAUACCAUUUUUAUACGAAGGCAUUCGUAUAAGGCAGAGUGUCUUUGUAUUGUACAGUCACAAGUUUAGGGCAUAGUAAUAAAAGAAUUGAUAAAGUGAAAUUUUAAGCCUUAAAAGUGUAACAUAUAGAAUUUUCAGCAUAACUGUACAGUAGUGAUGGUUUAUUCGUCCGAUUGAUUAACUAAAAAGUUGAUCAUACAAGUUUCUAGUGACUUAGCAUAGAGGGAGGCCCUGGAUUCUACCAUGGCUCUUUUGCAAGGUCAUCUGUAUUUUUUAUAUUAUAUGCAAUGGUUACACUUACACAUUCACCAUAUUUAUUUAUUUAUUAAUGGAUUGGUUA